CCGAGACCGAGACCGAGACCGACACCGACACCCUCCGGGACCGACACCCCCCGGCAGCCGACCCCUGAGAUACCCCCGACCCCCCGGGAUCCCCCCUGGGCUGCUGUUCCCCCGGGCCUCGGGCCUCCCCUCAGACGCCCCCUCGGAUCCUCCUCCCACGGACCCCCCCGAGCCUCCUGACCCUCACCCGGGGGUUCCCACCCAGGGAACCCCCCACGAACCCUGACUCUCCCACAGCCCUGGGUUCCCCUGGCACGCCACUGCCCCCAAACCCGCACGGAGGGGACCCUUCUCUCCCUGUCAGCUGCCCUCUGCCCCCUCACUGCCCCCUCCUCUUGCCUCUGGGCACCAAGACCCCUUCUCCCACCUCGUUGCUCUGGCAGUGCCAGGCCUGGAAGGAUGGAGGUGCGUGUUUCACACUGGGAGUCCUGCCCUUCCCUCCAAGGUGGCCCCAGGGACCUGCAAGUCCCACUGCAGACACCUCUAAGGACUGCAGAGCUGCAAUACAGCUAAACCUUCCACCUCAGAAGGAGCUGGGAGCUUUCUCCCCACCACCCUGCAAAGCCAGGAGUCCAUUACUCUCCUCCCUUCCCAUGGGUGUUCAUCAGCCUCUCUGGGAUAGAGACUAUUUCUGCUGCACGACCCCAUGUCCUGACCCUGUGCCCAGACUCAGGGAGAACUCCAGUGUAAUCUGAAACUCCCACGUUUUCACAAACUACGUGGUUUCUCUAACAAUGUCACCACAUUUUCCUUUUAGAGAUAAAAUCCGAGAAAGAAGACUAUGUGACAGAAGCAGCAGAGAUGUUCUCUGACUGAGUCCCGCCCUGUGUAGGAGAUGUUGUGUCCUUUCUAGACCUCAGUGCGCUCAACUCACAAGUGUUUAACUGAAGCCAUGGCAACAGGGGAUCCAGCUGUGCUCCAAAUAUCAUCUCAGAAUGUGAAGCAAAGAGACAAGCCCCUGGUAAAGGACAUGGAAACUCCAGAGAAGGCAACGAUCACACGUCGGUUAAAACCUGAUACCAUCGAGACGGAAAGAAUCAUAACUGUCUUGGAUGAGACGAUUGCCAAGCUGGAGCUGAGCAGUUUGAUCCCACGUAUUAUCGACUCUCUGGACAGGUUUACCGAUAUGCUGGGACCCGAGAUCACCAACAACCUGAUCGAGCACCAAAAGCUUUCAAAGGAAAUGGAGCGCCUGCUUUCCAGCUCUGAAGAAGACGACACCAUGAGAGCUGAGGAACAACAGGGCUGUCUCUGCUUGCUAGAGCAACGUCUGAAAUGUUCUGUUAGGAAUGUCCUGAGACUCUUACUGGCCAACCCUUUGCUUUGCCAGGCUCUGAAACACAAAGUCUGGGAGAUAGAGUCACCAGCUGAAGAGUUUAUCAAAGCCUUUGGGGAGUUCAGGAAUUUCAUGCUUGAGAGACUCCUGACUAGUCCCAUGGAAGAGGAAGAAAAGAUUCGGUUCAUGGAAGACAUGUCCCUCCAGAUUAAGAAAAACACUGAAGUAAUCACAGCUUUACAGGCAGAACUGGCAGCAGCAAUCCGGACUCAAGAGGAGGAGAUUCACAAGAAGGACGAUGUGAUUGAAGACCUCAAAGCCAGCAUGCAACAUCUGACCAAAGAUUACCAGGCCGGCAUCCAGCAUAUCAAGCAGGAAGCAGAAAAACAGCGUGAAGAGGAUCUGCAAGCCUCCCAGGGCAGGUGUGCCAGGCUACAGCAGGACAUCCAGCAGCUAGGAGCACAACUCAACGCACUUGUAGUGGAGCAUCGAAUGCCAGAGCUGGCUCUCCGAAAGAGGAAGUGCAGAAUGGAGAUGGAAAUUGUGAACUGGAUCCAGAAAUAUGACGCAGACAUGGAAGAAAAACAGGCUGAGUAUGAGAAGGUUCAUGCUGCCUACACCGAGGAGAAGAACCAGUUGUCCCUGCUGAUGGAGAAACGUGCUGUGCUUCUCCAGGAGUAUUCCCAGAUUGAGGAGGAGCGCAGGAUACAGGAGGAGAAGAAGGAGCAGGCAUUGAAGGAAUUAAACACCUUGACCCUUGCUGCCACCCGCAUCCAGGCCUUCUGGAGAGGCUACUUGAUCCGGUCCCUCUACAAGUCAAAAAUAAAGAAGAAGAAGAAGAAGGGCAAGGGCAAGGGCAAGGGCAAGAAGACCAAAAUAUAAAGCACAAAAUCUAUUCUCUCUCUUCCUGGCAAAGCUGGUGACUCCAGUGGGACUGAGCUCUUCCAGAUAAAAGCAUUAGAUUUGAGAGGGCAUUUGCAUCAAGGCCCAAGCUCUGCAGGGCUGGGGCUGCCUCUCAUAGUUGGAUUGUAUGAGAACACUGGCAUGAAGACGUCUCACCAUUUCAGGUUUGGCUUUGCUACCUCUGCAAGGAGGAGGGUGUCUGUCUCCUGAUGAAUGGACUGGGCCAGGAGUGCAGGUUCCUGGCUUGUCUCCUUGGCGUUAGUCUCCUUGCUUGUGUGUCAGGGCUCCAUGCUGUUCUUACUGAAGGUGGCAAUAAAUUCAUUC